CUCUCCAUCUCUCUGGAUCCAUCUGCAAUAAUCCCACACACCCACAUAAAGCUUCAAAAACUAUAAUGGCCGAAAGUUCGUCUGAUCUGUGCAUGCACGGUGAUUUGAAUGGUGUGGUGGUUGAGGACUCAGAGGAUUCUUCCGGGUGGGCCGAUUCCGUACGUGAGACUGACAUCCUUGCCGAUUUGGUCCCGGUUUCUGAGGGCGUAGAAAAAAUGAAAAGACCAAAACGGUUGAGAACUAACCGAAGAGGUGAAUCCUCCAAUGAAAGUUGGAUUGACAUCUACCUUCGGCCAGUGGAUACAACAAAUGUGGGGUAUGUUCCACUUGCGACUGCUCAUGCUGACCCGGACCCUAAAGUUCAAGAAAGAUUGGAGAAUCUGGCUUCAAUGUGGCUGCCUCUUUACAAAAAAUCAAGGUGAUAAGUUCCACUUGUUGCAUGCAUGUAUCACUAUAAUGCAUCUUUCAGUCCGUCGGCCAGCAUGCCAUCUGAGGAAUUGGUGAGAAGAGCCUGCAAGAUCCUGUGCUUUGCUUCGUUGCACAACCUUUUUUUUGCUUGUUUCCCCAUUUUCAGAAACUUCCAUGUUGUAUUAGUGAUGUUGUACGCAGAUCUAUUGUAAAAUCUGUAUGUUUAUAUAGAGGGUUGACAUAUUUUAAGUGUUCAAAAAUUUUAAAGUGGAGGGAAAUCUGAAAAGGCCCGCCAGCAGCCAAAUAACCCCAAAAAAGUUUUCAGCCUACUUUUACUGUACAUAGCAGACCGCCCCCAUCCCUCUUUAUUUCCCAUUAUCUUGUGCGGUAAUUAAAAGAGGGGCAACGUAGGAAAUUCAAUGGCAAACAGUACUUUUUC